AAACCCCCCAAUCGUAUAUCAUGUGUAGAUCAGACAUCUAAAUUUUAAAAAUAGUUAUCUUUUUAGAUUGUUUCUCUCAGUUUUUAUAAAUUUUAGAGUAGGUCUAAGCUAAAACAAAACCAAACAAAAGUAUAAACAUAAUUAAUUAUUGCCAAACUAAUGGACGGACAGAAGAAUUCACAACUUCGGAAAAAGCCACUGACUAACCCUCGUAAGAAGAAUCUACAAAAGAAUUCUCAGCCUCGACGGAAGGGUGUAGCUCAGCAGGACUCUCAGGUAAAUCCACAGAAGAAUCGGCAUCCCCGACUAAAGGGCGGGCAAUGUGGAGCUGUGCCCUCGCAGGACACUCACCUGGGUUUGUUGUGCCAGAAAUGGGACUUGAUCGACCGUCUUAAGAAGAUUCCACCGCCCACCUCUCCCGAAUGGGUGCCGUGGAGGGUCAGCCAGGUUUAUCCGGAGAAGAACCAUCCCAGUAUUCAAGCACCAGUCGCAAAGAGCGUAGCUCCCCAACCCAAACGACUUUCUUGUAUCCAAAAAUACACCAAUGAUGCCUUGGAGCCUAUCUGCUGCUCAGGACUAUUUGAAGUGGGCAAAGAUAACCUAUCGUGGUAUGGAAUAGGUUCGGAUGUAGAUCGUCCCGAAGUCGAACAGUUCAACAGGAAAAUGGCCAAAAGCCUUCAAGUAGCCGGUCUAGUGGCCAAGCCCCCAGAACCAAAGGAACGCCAAAGAGACGUUCCGGGGACUCUCUGCCUCAGGAAGGAAUUCGAAAGGAUGCUGAAAAUGAGAAGCCGAGCCAAGACAGGCCCAGAGAGCAUAUACCUGGCUAGGGAAGUCCGGACCAGGACCAAGCAAAACACAAGGACGAGGGUAACGGCAACACAAAAACAAAAGAAAACCCAAAAGCAAACGCAAAAAGAAAAGGAAAAGCUUAAGCAAAGCCAAUGGAAGAGGUAAAGGCCUAGACGAUGGCAAAGAUCCGGAUGGGGAAAGUGACGAGUGUCCUGUCUAAUGUCCGCCGGGUUCCUUCAAGGAUUCCCUGUGCCAUCAGCAAGCUCCUGUAUGCCGAUAUGGAGGAGAGCCGGGUAAUCCUUGAUCAGAGGGAUAAUAAGCCUCAAAAAUCGUAGAAAUGUAUGGUCUUUUUUUGUGAAAAAUGGUUGUGCUUAAAAAGCUUUUAUAAACGUUUUAUAUUUGUCAAA